AGAAAGCCUCAAAUACAUGAAGACAGCCGCUAGUCGGCUAACUGCAUCGACCGAAACCAAAAGAGGAGCUUUGUCGUCCGGGUUACUUCACCUGGCACACGCACUUAUUCAGCCGCAACCGGGAGGAGAGAAAUAAUCCAAUAUUACACGUCAGAACAACAGGGAAAGUGAAGCUUAUCGAAACGCCGUGUUUGAGGUUUGUGGUUGGGCGAGAAUAAGCUGGAUAAAACAGCCAGCUAACUCCGCGCAUACGUAGUUGUAGCUAACUACGCUAGCUCGAGAAGAAAGGCCGUCGAGUUGACUCAGCGUCAAUUGUUGAAUUGAAUAGAUAGCGAAAUCAUCCUGGCAUAUCACGGUUGCCCUUCACUACUUGGAUCGGACAAUUUAAAGGGCAGAACACCAAGAGAAGAUGGCUUUGAAAAGGAUCCACAAGGAGCUUAACGACCUGGCUCGUGACCCUCCAGCACAGUGCUCAGCCGGCCCAGUGGGUGAUGACAUGUUUCACUGGCAAGCCACAAUCAUGGGACCUAGUGACAGUCCAUAUCAGGGAGGUGUUUUCUUCUUGACAAUUCAUUUUCCAACAGACUACCCCUUCAAACCACCCAAGGUUGCAUUUACGACAAGAAUUUACCACCCAAAUAUUAACAGUAACGGCAGUAUCUGUCUGGAUAUUCUCAGAUCACAGUGGUCUCCUGCACUUACUAUUUCUAAAGUUCUUCUCUCCAUUUGCUCACUCCUAUGUGACCCAAACCCUGAUGACCCACUAGUGCCAGAGAUUGCACGAAUCUACAAAACAGAUAGUCAGAAAUACACCAAAAUGGCAAAAGAAUGGACACAAAAAUACGCAAUGUGAUGGCAUCGUUCGGAAAGCUGGUGGAAAAUGUUGUUGCUGGUUCAAACUUAAAAUUCCGGGAUUCUGUUUUUCUUUUUUCACUUUAUUUUUUUGUUAAUCAGAGCAUUUUACCCCCUUCCUUUUUCCACCUGCGCGCUCAUAAGAAGAUAGUGUUUUUCUCUCAAGGACACGUGCCAGUUUCUGUGAAGUUUCGACUCCCGUUUUUUGUACAGAAUUUAAAAUAAAUCACCAUGGUUCUAAACACUCGGUUUGAGCAUGCACCAGUAAGAGUUUUUCAAACCCCAAAAUUGGUGAUGUUAGUCAUUACUCUGCACACACUUAGUAGAAUCUGAUGCAACUGGUCUUCUGACACUGAAUAGCUUAACAAACCCAUGAUGAUCUGGUCGGGGUAACCGACCGGAUGAUGUGGGAUUGAUCAUGACUCACCUGUUGGACGGGUUUCUAGGAGCAUUUGUAGAGAAAGCCUCUCCUUCGCCAGACUCCGAAAUUCUGCUCUAACUUUUUUAAAGUUUCAAAUCGGCUUUAAUUUAUUUGGGCAAAUGGUAAAAUCUGAAAAACGCCAAUUCUCUGAAAGCUUUGAGAAACUGGUUCGUGGCUCCUGUAUCUGCCUCCUGGACUGGUGUGACGUCAGUACGUUCUUCUGAUCAUUAGUAUAGGAAUCUAUUACCUGAGGAAAGAAUUGUAUCUUAUUCCACUAUCAAAGUGUGUGUACAGAGAAGCACAGCAGUAUAUAUCAAAUGUUAAGGAAACAAAAUAUAAGAACUUCAAUGUUGUAUUUUAUGCAUGUUAAUAAAGGUAGGCUAUUAUAUCUGA